AUCUCCUUCCUCUCCUCUCUGUUCAUCUUUUUCUUUAUUUUCUCCUUUAAAUCUCAGUUUAUCUUUGAUUCAGAUAUUUCCAACUGAGUCCCUGAUUUUCUCAAAUGGUGACUUUAAUCGUGGAAAAACCACAUAGAAUGUCAGCGAGCCAAAACGUAGUCGUAUCAGAGACUACAAGGUCAUCUAUCAUCACCAGCAGCAACAACAACUCUUCUUCUUCCCCGAAACCCUCAACGGCUCCUCCUGGUCUCAUCUCCAUUUCCAAGAAAAAGCUCCUCAAGAAUCUCGAUGUCAUCAAUGGCGGUCAAAGAAUCAAUGCUUGGGUCGAUUCAAUGCGAGCUUCUUCUCCUACUCAUCUCAAAUCACUCCCAUCUUCCAUCUACUCACAGCAACAACUCAACUCAUGGAUCAUGCAUCAUCCUUCAGCAUUAGACAUGUUCGAACAGAUCAUGGAAGCUUCGGGAGGGAAACAAAUCGUAAUGUUUCUUGACUAUGACGGUACCCUCUCUCCCAUCGUUGAUGAUCCAGACAGAGCUUUCAUGUCAAGCAAGAUGAGAAGAACAGUGAAAAAACUGGCCAAGUGUUUCCCCACUGCUAUAGUUACUGGUAGAUGCAUAGACAAGGUGUAUAACUUUGUGAAGCUAGCUGAGCUGUAUUAUGCUGGAAGCCAUGGCAUGGACAUAAAAGGCCCAUCAAAAGGCGUCUCCAGACAGAAGAGGCUUAAACAGUCUCUUCUGUACCAACCAGCCAGUGACUAUCUUCCAAUGAUCGAUGAAGUCUACAGAAAACUCUUGGAGACAACCAAAUCAACUCCGGGAGCCAAAGUAGAAAACCACAAAUUUUGUGCUUCUGUGCACUUCCGCUGCGUCGAUGAGAAGAAAUGGAGCGAACUGGUUCAACAAGUUCGGUCGGUAUUACAGGAAUACCCUACGCUGAAACUGACGCAAGGUCGGAAGGUUUUCGAAAUCCGUCCCAUGAUUGAAUGGGAUAAAGGGAAAGCUCUUGAGUUCUUGUUAGAGUCACUUGGACUUGGGAACUCUAACGACGUUUUUCCUGUUUACAUCGGUGAUGAUCGGACCGAUGAAGAUGCAUUCAAGAUGCUACGAGACAGAGGCGAAGGCUUUGGCAUUCUUGUCUCCAAAUUUCCCAAGGAUACGGAUGCUUCCUAUUCUUUGCACGAUCCGUCCCAGGUGAUGGAUUUCUUGCGACGAUUGGUGGAAUGGAAACAAAUGCAGCCAAAAAUGUGA